AUGGCUGUUGUAUUACGGUAUGUAGAUAAAGAUGGACAUGUUAUUGAACGUUUUGUGGGGAUUGAACAUGUGGCCAAUACCACAGCUGUGUCACUUAAAGGUGCUAUUGAUAAAUUAUUUUCUAGAUAUGGAUUGAGCAUAUCUAAAUUGCGGGGACAAGGUUAUGAUGGGGCAAGUAAUAUGCAAGGAGAGUUCAAAGGUCUUAAAACUCUUAUUUUGAAAGAGAAUCCAUCAGCCUUUUAUGUUCAUUGUUUUGCUCACCAACUUCAACUUGCUCUAGUAGCCGUGGCAAAGAAACAUAUUCUAGUCGGCUAUCUUUUUAGUGUGGUAACUAGGGUGAUAAAUGUUGUUGGAUCUUCUUCCAAGCGUUGUGAUAUUCUUAGAGAAAAGCAAGAUGUUGUUAUUUCUGAAGCACUCAAGCGUGGUGAAAUUGCAAGUGGAAGAGGGCUAAAUCAAGAAACCAAUCUUAAGCGUCCAAGUGAUACUCGUUGGGAUUCACAUUAUGCUACACUGGUAAGCUUUAUUAACUUAUUCUCUCCCAUAACUGAUGUUCUUGGAACAGUAGUAGACGAUGCUCGAGAAUCUGAACAAAAGUUUGAAGCAAGUAAUCUGAUGGGUUUGAUGUCGACAUUUGAUUUUAUAUUUAGUCUACAUUUUAUGAAAGCAUUGUUGGGCAUAACAAAUGAAUUGUCAAAAGCACUACAGAGAAAAGAUCAAGAUAUUGCAAAUGCCAUGAAAUUAGUGGAAAUUUGCAAGAAACGAUUGCAAGCAAUGAGAGACAAUGGUUGGGAUUCCUUUCUUAUUCAAGUCUCAACAUUUUGUGCUAAAUAUAAUGUAUAUGUUCCUACUAUGGAUGAUAUAUAUGUUGUACAAGGUCGAUCACGACGUAAUGCUCAAGAAAUGACAAAUUUACAUCACUUUCGUGUGGAAUUCUUUUAUGCUGUUAUUGAUAUGCAACUUCAAGAGCUAAAUGAACCUUCCUUGUGCCCUAGUGAUUCAUUUGAAGCUUUUGAUAAAGAAAGGUUGAUCCGAUUUGCUGAGUAUUACCCUAGAGAUUUUUCUACUUUUGAGCUUACCAUGCUCGAUAAUCAACUUGAAACUUACAUUCUUGAUGUAAGUUCCACUGAGAAUUUCUUGGGUUUGAAAAGUAUUGGCGAUCUCGCUGAAAAAAUGGUUGAGACAAAGAAGCAUAUUGUUUAUCCUCUAGUGUAUCGACUAAUUACAUUAGCAUUGAUUCUACCUGUUGUUACUGCUACAGUGGAGAGAGUAUUUUCUUCUAUGAAUAUUUUGAAAAGUAGAUUGCGCAAUCGAAUGGGAGAUCAAUUUAUGAAUGAUUGUUUACUUGUGUACAUUGAGAAAGACAUCUUCAAUAGUCUUGACAAUGAAGUCAUCAUGCAGCGAUUUCAAAACAUGAAAAGUCGUCGAGGCAGAUUGUAA